UCACACUUCAUUCAGCGUUCCCGUUGCCGGGCGACGUCACAGUCUCGCUCGACUAUGUGCCCGCUUUCGGGUUCCAGUGUGCGCGCGCCGCCUUCCUUCGGAUUCCCUCACGUACCAACAGUACUCACUGCUGAUACUUGGUCCACCGCCCACCUGGAUCGUCUCCAACCAAAGCUCUCUCUAUUUGUGUUCUUGCUAGUGUUAACUAGACCACUUAGCAACAUACAUACUGCAAGGCCAUUUCCAACAAAGCUCUGUUUAUUCCUUUGUUUGGUUUGGAAUAUCCCACGUGUCGGCCUCGAGCUCUUUAUUAUCUCUCAGCUCGUCGGCGAACACCACCUAGCCCCGCAAAUAUCACCCGACAUGUUUCUCCUGGCGGCGAGAUACGUGGAUCACCGCCUGGACGUGGCCAUCUCGCGGAUCUGGACCUGGGUCUACAAGGGGCUAUGGAAUCCCACCGCCUCUACGAUACUUCCGACAGACAUUCACUUCUUCCUCGAGAUCUUCUUCCACUACGUAUUCUUCCACGUCGUCGGGCCGUUGACGGUUCGACUGCUCGCCGUCUACGCCAUCUACCGUGCCGUAAGGGCUUGCCUCAACGAGCACGAGACGGAAGGAUGGGCCCGCCAGACGAUAAAAUAUACCAACGCCAUCGUGCGGUACCUAGUGACGGCAAUGUUUACAUUGCUGCUGGUAUGCAGUGGUAUCGAUGGAUGGCGAACUGCGAUACCGCUGGCCGAAGAAUUAGCAAGAACUGGGGUUGCAUCGAUAUUCCGGCAUCCGGUGGACGCAGUGUGGGCGGUGGUGUCGUGGUUGGAGAUUAUGAGCCGUACUCCGAUAGGUUACGUUUGCAACUCGAACCGAUACAUGGAAGUUAUCUGCGUUCUCGCGCCGCGAUGGUUGAGACCGUUGAGAACGUUGCAGUUCUACCGCUGGUUUAUCAAGGCAUUUUGGAAAGACUUGAAGCAUCUCAUUGGGGGUGUGGGGCCAUAUUCGGGGGGCUUCUUUCGGAUGAUGAGAUUCUGGAGCCGAUUCCAUGGCGAAAGAUGGUUUCUGAACUUACGAAAGGAAUACGUCACAUGGGAAUGGAUCAGCCAGUCGCUCUAUCCAGACAUUCCCCAGAGCAUUAAGUAUGCGGCCGGGAUGAAAGGUUGGAGUCCGGCAAUCAGAAGCUAUACAGAACUACAUCGCCACGCUCCGAAGCGAUCGGUAGAAGAGUCGCUCGCCCACACUGAACGUUAUCCCAUGAUCGUAAUCUCGAAGAUAUUAUGUUGCUGGCUACUCACGGCCGGCAUACACAGGUUCAUCCUACGUAGGUUCAUGCUACGCAGGUUCAUGCUACGCGGAAGAAGCCGGCGGUUCCUGAGACGUGAGAAGAGGUGGCUCUUUUUCACGGUCUACCUUUUCACCUUCAUCGUCUUCUUUCCCUGGGAGAUGGCUCUCUGCUUCACUUUUGUAUGGGACAGAUUUCUACGCUUGACGAGGUUGAGGUUCGAGUUGCAGUAUGCAUAGGUACGAAGGAGGGGAGGUGUGAGAAUGCGUGGGGGUGAGAAUAGUGAAUGGGGGUUUCAAGAGGGAUUGCAGUACUGGGUACUAUUAAUGACUGUUGUGUUGCACUUGCAUUUUCCUGGGUGUGGACGGGGCCCGGAUUAGAGUCCUGUUGGGUGUAUUACCG